CCCCAUGAGAGCAGAACCUCUGCGAAAGAAGAAGAAGAUAGACCCUAGAAAGGACCAAGCAGCAAAGGAGCGCUUGAAGAAGAGGAUCCGGAAACUGGAAAAGGCCACCCAGGAACUAGUUCCUAUUGAAGAUUUUAUCACCCCAGUGAGAUUCCUGGAUAAGUCAAGACAGCGACUCCAGGAAGAGCAUUCUUCCCAGGAGAGUGAGCAAAGAGCUCUUCUGCUGAAGAGGUGGGCACUCUACAAGCAGCAGGAACAUGAGGCAGAGAGGGACACCAUCAGAGCCAUGCUGGAAGCCCAGCAGGAAGCACUUCAGGAACUGAAGCUUGAGUCUCCAGAGCUCUACGCUGAGGCCAUAAAGCGAGACCCCAGCCUGUUCCCCUUUGAGAAAGAAGGGCCACAUCACACGCCACCAAUCUCUAACUACCAGGCCCCUGAAGGCAGGUACAAUGACAUCACCAAGGUGUACACACAAAUAGAAUUCAAAAGAUAGAACUGAAAACUACUGUCCUCAGAAGAUGCUGGCCCCGGGAGUCGGAGCAAUGAGCUGCAGUCUGUUUUCAACAGGUCAUACAUCCUGGGAACAAAUAAAAUGUAAU